CCCACUAUUUCAUCUAAUCAGCGGAUAAUUAAUCCUAUAUAUAAUAUCAAUAUUAUAGUCGAUAAUAUGUUUUUGUUCUCAAAGAGGAUGUGUUAAGAUUUGUCGUGUAAAAGAGAGAGAAAGAAAUCAUAAUUACAUAGAGUGAGAGAUUGUAAACAACUAAAUAGAGUUAUGUCAAGUGAACACGAAGAGACGAAAGAUGAGAAGGUGUUGGUGGAUUCAAGCGACAAUUUCACUGAUGUUGAUUCCAUCAUUGUGAGCAUUGGAGAGUAUGGUAAAAGUCAGAUUAUUUUAACAGCCAUGUUUUGUCUCAUCAUGAUACCACCGGUCUAUCAGACAUUAAGUAUGGCUUUUGUUGCUUAUAAUCCUUCCUGGAGAUGUUCAGAGUUGGGGAAGGUGACUGGUCAAUGUACUAAAGAUGGUACCUUUAGUAGUGGUGAGGAUGGCUAUCAGGCUCGAUGCGAAAUGAACAGAUCUGCAUGGGAGUUUACGAAGUCAAAAAAAUUUUCUAUCGUAACUGAGUUUGAUCUGGUUUGUGAAAAAAAGGAAUUGGCGGUUGCGGCAAAUUCAGCAAUGUAUCUUGGUUGGGCGGUUGGCGCAAUUGUGCUUGGAUGGGUGUCAGAUAGAUACGGACGAAAGAUUGUUCUCUUCCCAUCAUAUUUCGUGGUUAUCCUUGCUUCAUUUGCAGCUGGAUAUUCUCCAAACUUCGGACUCUUUUUCUUUUUACGUGGCAUGAUUGGAUUCUUUCUUGGUGGAGUAAUUUUAACUUUGUUUAUCGUGUGCGCGGAGCUAGUAGGACCCAAGCAGCGUGCGUUGGCCUCUACGUUGGUCUGGUUUGCGUUCACCACUUCACUUUGUAUGUUGGGCUUGCAAGCUUAUCUUCUUCCAGAUUGGAGAUUGCUGUUGAAAGUAACGUCCAUGCCAUAUGUUAUUUUAAUACUGCUGUGGAAGUUUAUACCUGAGUCUGUCCGUUGGCUUCACGUGAAAGGAAGGAAUGAUGAAGCCGAAAAAAUUCUCCGAAAAGUCGCCAAAGUAAAUAAAAAUGCGUAUCCCGCUUCUAAAUUAUGUGAAAUAUCACAAGAAAAGAGCUCAGGAAGUUUUCGCAACUUGUUUUCAACUAAGAAGAUUACUAUGCUCACACUCAGUAUGUGUUUUAUUUGGUUUGUCAACGGGAUGGUGUACUACGGAAUUUCCUUAGCUUCUGACGAUCUUGGUGGCAACAUGUAUCGUGAUUUCGUAUUAACAAGCUUGGUUGAAAUACCAGGAAAUAUACUUGUGAUUGUGCUGUCGAAUAGGUACGGUCGAAAAAAAGCAACUACAGGAUCCAUGUUUAUUACUGCUUUCUCUUUACUUGUGGUAGCCAUCAUUCCAGGAAGAACAGAAAACCAUGCAUAUAACUGGUCACGUGUAAGCUUUGGCAUGCUGGGAAAAUUAUUCAUUACCACAGCAUUUGAUUCUGUCUACAUUUUAGCUGCUGAACUAUAUCCAACGGUAGUAAGGUCUCAAGCGAUGGCCCUUCUCUCAGUUGUUAGCAGAGUAGGUGCUGCUUCUGCGCCAUGGGUGGCACAAGGCUUACGGGUGCUUCAUUUUACAGUUCCGUUUUAUUUUAUGGGAGUGUUAACCUUAGUGGCGGCGUUAAUGUGUUUGACAUUAACAGAAACAAAAGGAAAACCGACCGCAGAGACGUUUUGUAGCGACACAAACAACUCUGUGACUCUGGAAGUUAAAACGGAAAGCGAAAGCUCCCUUGAUAAAGAAAACCUUGUCAACUAAAGUAUCGUUCCAGUUAAAAUAUAAUAUUUUUAACAGAGACCGAAUAUCUUAUCAUUGUAUAUAGAACGUUUAAUAAAUAUUAAGAAAAUGACAAUUCAAUAAAAAAAGAGCUAACAGAGGGAUGACAAGGACCCCCCGUAGCCCCCCUUCCUCCCACCCCUAAAAGACACCGUUUUACGUAACAGCUGUUGUUUUCGUUAUGAACAGAAAAGUACUUCUUCCCAUUUAAAAGGGUUUUAAAUCGAUGAUUGUACGCUAGGGAUACGCUAGGGGUAAGCCUAAACUGUGAAUUGACAUUCAGCUUACGGUUUUCCAUUUGUGAGUCAACCCUUAUUCAAAAAUUAUCUGUUCGGACCUUUCCAUGGUGUUUGACAUUCUAAAUUUUCUUUCUACUCCAACUAUGCGAGACAAAUUUUGAAUUUUGUGCCUCUUUACCCUUUAAAUCUGAGUCACUUCCCCGCUGAUAAAAUUCAAACUGUAUAGUAUAAGUAGAUGGUGUAAUGAAAGAGUGGUUUAAAACUAUGUCAUAUAGAUGAUAUUAGUUAGUGUUUUGUCUUUUAUAUUUUGGUGUUAUAGGAUUUGUAGAUAGAAUAAACUUCUAACUUUGAUUAGACUGGGAAGAGUCAAAGUUUUUGUGAUGUAUAUAUUUUGUGAUUUUUUUGUGAUGUAUAUUAUUUUUUUCUUUUUUUUUCUAAUCAACGAAACCAAAAUAUUGGGA